CAUAAGAAAAAAAGUGUUGUCAAUCAACGUCAUUUAAAUUUGCUGUCAAAUCAGGAAUAUUUACGUCAGCCACGUUGGAAGUGCCAACUCGGUGUUUUUAUGUUUUUAGUGAGGCUGCUGCAUCAAGAUGAAGAUCAAAGAGUUAAAAAGGACGGUGAAUAUGAGCUGGUCGCCAGCGGAGCAUUACCCGACAAUGCUCGUGACCGGCUCCGCAGCUCAGCAAGUUGAUGCCUCUUUCAGCACGAAUUCCUAUUUGGAACUGCAUUCUCUUAACUUGGGUGACUCAAGUCUUGAUUUUGAAAUGAAAUCAAGCAUACAAACAAAGCAUAAGUUUCAAAAGUUAGUCUGGUCAGGUGCAGGUAUCAUCGUGGGUGGCUGUGAUGGAGGCUUGUUAGAAUUCUACAGUGCAGAGAAAUUACUUAAUAAUGCUAGUGACUCACUUAUUGGUAGCAGUUCUAAACAUAAUGGUCAUGUGUCCGCGCUCGACGUUAAUCCUUAUCAGAAGAAUCUCUUGGCUUCCGGUGCAUCAGACAGUGAAAUAUUUAUCUGGGACCUCAACAACACAAGUCAGCCAAUGGCACCCGGCAAUCGAAGCCAACCUUACGACCAUGUCCAGGGUCUAGCUUGGAAUCAGCAGGUACAACAUAUUCUAGGAUCCACAUUUGCUACGAGAUGUUUGGUAUGGGAUCUCAGGAAGAAUGAACCUAUUAUGAAGUUGAGCGACUCGCAGUUCCGCACGCGCUGGCGCGCGCUGGCGUGGCACCCCGGCGUGGCCACGCAGCUGUGCGUCGCCUCCGAGGACGACCAGGCGCCCGUCGUGCAGCUCUGGGACCUCAGAUUGGCCGCAUCCCCGCUGGCGACCCUGGAAGGACACGAGAAGGGCGCGCUGGCGCUGUCCUGGAGCCGACACGACCACGAUCUGCUGCUGUCGGCCGGACGAGAUGGGAGACUGCUCGCCUGGAACCCGAACAACACUAAACCGGGCGGCGAGCUGGUGGUGGAAGUGAACCGCCAGUCGGCGUGGGUGUUCGACGUGGCGUGGGCGGCGCGCGAGCCCGGCCUGCUGGCCGCCGCCUCCUUCGAUCACUCGCUGGCGCUGCACACGCUGUUCGCGACCAGCAGCGUAGCGGGCGGCAGCAGCGCGAGCAACAACAACAUAAUGGACUCGUUCGGCGGCGCGGACUCGUUCGCGGCGCUGCCCGCCGUGCAGCUCAGCGCGCCGCCGCCCGCCGCGCCCGCGCAGCCGCCGCGCGCGCCGCGCUGGAUGCGCCGCCCCGCCGCCGCCAAGUUCGCGUUCGGUGGAAAAUUAGUAACAUUCGAGAAAUGCCCACAAGAGACCGACUCACACAAGCUGGUAUACGUCAGCCAGGUAGUCAGUGAACCAGAAAUAGUCGAAAAGGCGUUCGAGUUGGACACAGUGAUAGGACUAACCCUCAGCCAGGAGCCCGGGGCUGCGGAGAAAUUGGCGGAAUACUGUCGUGUGAAGGGCGACGCAGCGACGGACCAACACGAGCGCUUUACGUGGUUCUUCCUGCGAGCCAACUUCCUUCCCACGUACCGGACCGAGAUACUGAACUUGCUCGGCUUCAAGCAAGAAGAGAUAUCGUCAAAGUUCAAGAGUCAACCGAACAAUGAACCACGCGCCCCACAGGACAACUUCGGACUCAGUAGAAGAGAGAGCACUGAGACCGAAGCGGAACUGUCUACAGACACAAGCACUGAUCUAUCUGAUGCUCAAACCUUGAUCGAGAAGAAGCUCGCAAGCAUAGACCUCGAACCGACUGUGACUAACGUCGUCAUACCGAGCGGUGACGACUCAACGAGCCUUAUCUGCCGCGCGCUCGUGUGCGGCAACAUCGAGGAAGCCGUCGAUCUCUGCCUCGAGGCGAAAAGAGUAGCCGAUGCGCUCAUCAUCGCUUCGUUAGGCAGCCAGGAGCUGCAGUACCGCGUGCAGCGCGCGCAGCUGAGCGCGCGCGCCGCCGACCCCGUGGCGCUGGUGGCCGGCGCGCUGCUGCGCGGCGCCUGGGACGGCCUGCUGCGCGCCGUGGCGCCCGCCGCCUGGAGGCACGCGCUGGCCGCGCUCGCCGCGCACUGCGAGCCGCGCGCGCUGGCGCACUACUGCGAGGUGCUGGGCGACAAGCUGGCGGCGGACAGCGAGCCGGCGCUGCGCGACGCGGCCGCGCUGUGCUACGUGUGCGGCGCGCACGGGGACGCGCUGGCGGCGCGCGCGCUGCGGGCCCCGCCGCCCGCCGCCGCCGAGCUGGCGCGCCAGGCCGAGCUGGCGCUGCUGAUGCGCGCCGCAGCCGCCGUGCAGGGCCGACCCGCCCAGGAGGGCGGGCAGCUGGAUGCGCUGCUGAGCCGCUACGCGGCGCGCGUGGCGGCGCAGGGCUGCCUGCACAGCGCGCUGGCGGCGCUGCGCGGCGCGCGCUCCGAGCUGCGCGAGCGCCUGCACGCCGCGCUCGCCUCGCGGGACCAGAAGCAGCAGCAGUACCAGCAGCAGCACCAGCACCAGCACCAGCAGCAGCAGACGUCGACGCGUGCGCGUACAGUGAGCACUCACUCGAACUUCGCAAACAAUGAAAACAUUGGGGCUUACAAAAUGCAACCCCCAGCAGCGACCCACGAGCCUCAGAGUUGGUCCGCAAGCUCUCACCCGCCACGCCCCGCGAGUGUCUCUUCGCAGCCUGGUGGAAUCACAAGUCGUUCGAAAUACAAAGUCGAUCCCUCGGUUCAGUCCGCACCUCUUUACAAUCAAUAUAGCUUUAACAAUCCACCCCAGGCCCCCUCCUACGGGUACAACAGCCCCAUACCAGAUCAGUACAGUGCCGCUAGCGUGCCGAGUCAUAACUUCACACCGAUCAACCAGCAACAGAAUUAUCCAUCGAAUCCUCCUCAAUUGAUGAACCCAUUAAAUUCAGCACCAUUAAAUCCGAUGAAUCCAUUAAAUCCGGCGCCGUUAAAUCCCAUGAUUCCUUUAAAUCCGAUGAACACGUUAAACCAGUCGAACAAUGCAACGUUGAAUCCCAUGCACCCGUCGGUGAACGGUAACUACUACCAGGCGGCGGAGGCCGCUCCCGGCCCCAAGCCGGCGGCGCCCGGCUGGAACGACCCCCCCAUGUUGACCUCGAGGCCCAAGCCCAAACAAGAGAUCCAACAACAAGCUCCGAUCACGCAUCCCUUAUUCGGUGUAGAGCCCCCCCAAUACGUGCCAUUAGUACCCACAUCUCAAUAUCCGGGCCAGCAAGCUCAGUACCCCGGUCAACAGGCUCAAUAUCCGGGUCAGCCGGCUUUAUACCCUGGCCAACAGCAACAGUAUCCUGGUCAAAUGGUGCAGUACCCUGGUGAGACAACUCAGUACCCUGGACAGUAUGCCGAUCAGCAGUAUCAAGGGUCGUACCAGCCGGCAAUGCAAACAGGAUAUCCUCAACAGGUGGAGAGUCCCGCUCCAGCAGAGCCGGUACAGAAGGGUCCUCUCCCCGCGGAAUACGUCGACUUGCAAACUGUUUUUGAUUCCCUCCGGAAUGCCUGUUCCGAAAAGGCUACUAAUCAGCAAAUGAAGAGGAAACUAGAAGAUGUCCAAAGAAGGCUCGAAACAUUGUACGAUAUGCUGCGGGAACAUAGGCUGUCGGAGGCGGCGCUGGCGCAGCUGCGCGCGGCGCGCGCGGCGGGCGCGGCGGGCGAGCACGCGCGCGCCCUGGCGGCCGUGGCGGCGCUGGCCACGGGGCCCGACUUCGCCGCCGCCGCCGCCUUCCUGCCCGGCCUCAAGAUGCUGUUCCUGCUGGCCGCGCAGAUGAAGGCGCAGGCGCGGUGAACGCGAAGGGGACGGCGAAGGCACGGGCUUACUUUGUUUUCGAGACGUUCCUAACAGCUCUAACUUCCUCCCCCUCCCGCUGAGCGUUCAUUUCCUAUCCGUCGAUCCGAUUGCCGAAACGGCAGACUUUUUCAUGUGAGCAUCGAGCUGGUGAUGCUCUAACCUUUCCGUAGUUCACUAGAUUCUGCUUAAACUAGUAUGUGUCUUGUACGUAUGUACAUACAUACAUUUGUACCUAACGUAUUAAACGAGCCUCCAGCAAUUUAGCCAAUUAAAAACGUAUUAUAUUAGUUAACUAUCGACGUAAAAUAAGUUGUAAAAUGGAUCGCAAAAAUAAAUUUAAAUUUGAAUUGUAAUCUAAUUUUGCUUCUACCUCAAAAGUUCCAUCUCCCCUUAACCGCGUAUACGCUCGCUGGUAAUACUAUAUACUAUCAAUUUCAGUAGAAUUUGUACACUUUGUAAACGAGGAUUUUUAAUUAGAAUAAAAAUGAAAUCCAUAAUAUUUAAAUAGCUGAAAUAUUCUUACUUAAUUACCAUCGGGUAAAUUCUAUUGAAAUCAAAUAGUUAAAUAAUUAUACAUAUUCUAUUAAUAAAUUAUUUCAUAUGCGUUAUAAUUAAUAUAAAUGUUUUUAGUAAAUAUUUAAUUCGAAAUUAUUAUAAUAACUCGAGUCUAUUAAGGCGACACUCACUUGGUUCGCUAGCGUCCGACGACGCCCGUGACAAGUCAUCGUAUAAUUAAAUUAAAAAGCACUUAGAAGUUAUAAAUUAAAUUAUAUAAUUGGUUUUAUAAUGUUUAAAGUUAUUGUAUUUAUGUAAAUAUUCCAUUAACUACCAUUUGAAUGUGCUUUUCGUUAACGAUUGACGGACGUCUCUAAAGACAUUCAUUGAGUUUCUUUACUUAAUCUAUUUUAUGACUAAUAUUAUAAUUUUGUGUAUCAAAGGCAUGUUUGUAAUCGAAUGAUGUUGGCUAAUGUACAUUUAAGUAAUAUUGUAUUAAAGUUAUAAUAAAAUAUAUUUUUAAAAUAA